AUGCUGCCUUGGUCUUUUGCCGCAAGAAGCCAAAGCCACAAUUGGUCGCGUCCGAUGCACAUCGACCCAACGGCGCAGCUUCAUCCCUUCCCGAUAGGCGGGCAACAAAGAACAGAUUUCAGUUGUUUGGCUGGCCAACUUUUCUAA